UAUUGGCGAGUCCCAGCAGACGAUUUGCACGGUAAGUGUAGGCGAGCGGGACCUCCUCCCAUCGAGGUAUAUAGCGCCGCCGCGGUGGUGGAGAAAACUCGCUCCAUCAGCGUUUCAUCUCUCGAGUUUCUCCAAGUGUUAACAUGGCAGCCAAGUACAUCAUAGGCUCUGUGCUUGGAUCUUUCGUAAUUGCUUAUGCCUGCGAUGCAAUCAUUUCGGACAAGAAAAUUUUUGGAGGUACUACCCCAGGAACUGUUUCAAAUAAAGAAUGGUGGGCAGAAACUGACAAGAAGUUCCAAGCAUGGCCUCGCACUGCAGGCCCUCCAGUUGUGAUGAACCCCAUUAGCCGCCAAAACUUUAUUGUGAAGCCCUCUGAAUCUUGAAGGUGCACGUUUACCCCAUGAGUAGUCAAUAUUAACCUGCUUUCUUGAUUGGAGAUCACUCUUAGUUAUUGUGCUUAACAAUUUUCAAUCAUUUGCUCAGAGGAUUUCUCUUUAUUGAUGCAGACAGCACUUGCUGGUCUAGCGGAUCUUAUUUUGAAUCAAGCCGAAUUCAAUAAACUAGAUUGGCACUCUUCUUUUGGAUUUGGGAAUUUAUUCCUAUAUUUUCAUUACCAAAAUUAAUUGGCCUUUCAUGCAUCAGAAUUUCUAUUUCCAUUCUCUCGCAGAAGUUGUGACUGGAAAUUAGUUUUUUGACCUCAAGCAAGUGAUAGUGGUCUGCCUUUUGUUCUGCUCUGGUGAUGUCAAUUCAUACAGGAAUAUAACCUGAGUAUUGGUGGCUCUGAUUUCUUUUAUCUUAGGUGUAUGUUGUAUGAUCUUUGUUUCCAUGCGAUUGAGAGUAUCUGCUUUGCUUGGCUGAA